GGUUCUAAGGGCAUUCAAGUGUUAGCCAACAAUAUCAAGCAGGGCAGUCAUGGCACAGGAAGGGGAGAUGUUAGAGAUUACAAUUUGACUGAGGAACAGAAGGCGAUCGAGGCCAAGCAUCCUCCAGUCAGUAGGAAUUAUGAGUACUUGGAUCAUACAGCGGAUAUCCAGUUACAUGCAUGGAAAGAUUCUCUGGAGGAAGCAUUUGAGCAAUGUGCAGUGACUAUGUUUGGUUACACGACAAAUACCGGGGCUGUGGAGCCUCUACAAACAGUAGAAGUAGAAACCCAAGGAGUUUUUUCUUUUCUUUUUCACUUUUCAGAUGAGUAACUUUAUGCGUCCAAUGCCAUACCUCAAGAAUUAAAAGUACUUUGUAUUGAUCAAAGAAAUUUCAGAUUACAAUCAAUUGGGUGGAGAGAAGAAUUUUCAUUGUCCAAGCACUCUCAGGAAACAGAAGUCAAAGCUAUAACAUAUUUAGAAAUCCAGGUCUAUAAUACAGAGAAGUCAGAAGUUUUUGUGAUCAUUGACAUUUAAGAUGAAAAAAGAAAAGACUCCUAUGAAGAA